GGGAUGGCCGAACCCCAACCCGAGCAGGGGCGGCAGAGCCCCGGGGACGAGAAGGCAGCGGCUCCCGCCCCUAAGAAGCGGCGUGUGUCGCGGGGGGAGCGGUACGUGCCGCCGCCGCGGAGGCUGAGCACGGGCGUGAGCUUCGGCGCGGAGCACUUCGCGGAGACCUCCUACUACUUCGAGGGGGGGCUGCGCAAGGUGCGCCCGUACUACUUCGACUUCCGCACCUACUGCAAGGGCCGCUGGGUGGGCCGCAGCCUCCUCCACGUCUUCACCACCGAGUUCCGCGCUCAGCCCCUCGCCUAUUACCGGGCGGCUGCCCGCGCCGGCCGCCUCCGCCUCAACGAGGAGCCCGUCCGAGACCUGGACGUCAUCCUCAAGAACAACGACUUCCUGAGGAACACCGUGCACCGCCACGAGCCGCCGGUCACCGCUCAGCCCCUCCGCAUCCUGGUGGAGAACGAGGAGGUGGUGGUUGUGGACAAACCCUCCUCCCUGCCCGUGCACCCCUGCGGCAGGUUCCGGCACAACUCCGUCAUCUUCAUCCUGGGCAAGGAGCACCACCUGGAGGAGCUGCACACCAUCCACCGCCUCGACCGCAUGACCUCCGGCGUCCUCAUGUUUGCCAAGACCCUGGAGGUGUCCAAGAGGAUGGACGAGCAGGUCCGGGGCAGGCAGCUGGAGAAGGAAUACGUCUGCCGCGUGGUGGGGGAGUUCCCGGAGCACGAGGUGGUCUGUGAGGAGCCCAUCCUGGUGGUGUCUUACAAAGUGGGGGUGUGUCGGGUGGACCCCAAAGGGAAGUUCUCCAGAACCAUCUUCCAGAGGCUGAGCUACAACGGGCAGAGCAGCGUGGUCAGGUGCCUGCCCCGCACCGGCCGCACGCACCAGAUCCGCGUCCACCUCCAGUUCCUGGGGCACCCCAUUGUCAACGACCCCAUCUACAACACCCAGGCCUGGGGGCCAGACAGGGGCAGGGCUGGCAGGAUUGGCAAAACGGAUGAGGAGCUCCUGAAGGCCCUGGUGGAGGAGCACCGUGCCAAGCAGAGCCUGGAUAUCCUGGGGAUUUCCGAGCAGGACUGGGAAACUGGCACAGAAAACGAAGAUUGUGGUGGCUCAAAGGACUGCACUGAGUCUGGGAAGGAUGAACCCAUCAGGGAGAGCUCCUGCCCUGCCCAGGACCCCGAGGGGGGCACCAGGGAUCCCGAGGGGGGCACCAGGGAUCCCGAGGGGGGCACCAGGGACCCCGAGGGGGGCACCAAGGACUCUGAGAGGGGCACCAGGGAUCCUGAGGGGGGCACCAAGGAUCCUGAGAGAAAUGGUGUUGCAGUUUGUCCCCUGGACUCUGGUAGCAACCUGGAAAGACUUAAAAAAAAUCAAGAACUCUGUUCAGGUGGGAACUGUGAGGGUGAAACGGGAGGGAAGGGUUCAGAAGAAAAGGAUCCUUUGUGCCCGGAGUGCUCGAUCAGCAGGAGGGACCCCUCUCCCCAGGAGCUGGUGAUGUACCUGCACGCCCUGCGCUACAAGGGAGCUGAGUUUGAGUAUUGCUCCCAGAUGCCCGAGUGGGCAAGGGAGGACUGGGAGGGGUGAGCAGGGGCAGGGGGCUGCUGCAGGCUUUGUUGGUCAGCAAAGUGUCUGGGGAAGAGCUCCAGUGAACUUUGGGAACGUGGCUGAGGUGAAGAAACUGCCCCUGAGUGGAGGUGGGGUGGGAAGGGUUGGUGUGGCUGGGGAAGUGUCCUGAGUGCUGGGAAAUGCAGGAAAAUGGGGCUGAAACACUGGGGUUUUUGGUGCAUCUCAGGGAACUCCUGCAGGGUAAGAACCACCACUCAGCACGGGCAGCUUUGCCUUUCACCUCAGAGUGUCCUGGGAUCAUCCACAUGGAACUGACUUUAAUUCCCUCCCUUGUAUCUUCCUAAAAGAGCUGCUGGGAUGUCACUGAACACGCUGGGUGCCGUGGCACUCAAUGCCAUGUCCCAGGACUGUAUGGUUUUGUUGGUCUGACUUUAAAGUUCAGGGAUUCUCCCUGAGAAGUUGGCAUUUGCUGGUUUGGUGUUAGGGACAGUGGCUGCUGGGGGUGCUUUGUGAUUAAUUACCAUCUAGGAACAGGACUGAGGUAAAUGCUGUGUCCUGGGGAGCACGAGCAGAGUGUGGGUCCUGGGAGACCUCUUACAGUUUUGUUCUGAUACAUCUCUUUUUUGUGUGACAGCAGAGAGCAGAACGUGCAGCUAAAGCACAAACCUGUCCAAAUAAACCUGGUGGGAACAGAUGUGCCUUACCCAC